AUGGGUCAAACCUGUGCUGGGGCUAAGCCAUCCGCUGAGCAUAAAAAAAAUAAAUAAAUAAACAAUUUGUAGAAUCAAAAGGAAGGCGAAAAUAAGUUUGCUGCUGAUACUGAUUCUUAAAAAACUAAUUCACCAAUAAUAAUUCUAAAGAAGCAAAAACCAUUUUCUCAAGAAAUAAUCACUUCAUUCGAGGAUAUAAGGAAAGUUUAUGAGUUUGAGCCUAAUAUUUUAGGUCAUGGGCAUUAUGGAACAGUUAGGUUAGCUAAUCAUAUUAUCAACAAAUCGAAAAAAUAUGCAGUUAAAACUAUCUCGAAGACUAAGAUAAAAAAAGAUUUACAUCUCUUUAGAAGGGAGCUCGAAAUUUUGAAAAGUCUAGACCAUCCUAAUGUAAUUAAAUUUUAUGAGACUUAUCAAGACAAAAAGUAUUUCCACCUUGUUAUGGAGUACUGUUCAGGUGGAGAAUUACUUCAUCGUAUUGCAUAAGAUAAGAUGGCAUCUGAAGAAAAGAUGGUAAAGAUAAUGAAAAAAAUAUUCCUUGGAGUAAAGUACCUACAUGAAAAGGGAAUUUGCCAUCGUGACUUAAAACCUGAAAAUUUUCUUUUCUCAAACAACUCUGAAUUGAGCGAGAUUAAGAUUAUCGAUUUCGGCUUGUCGACAUAUAUAGAUGAGAUUGAAAAUGAAGACGAUAAUGGAUUUUUCGGGAAUGAUCUUCAAACUAUUUGUGGUACUGCUAAUUAUUUAGCUCCUGAGGUUAUCAAAGGAAAGUAUGAUAAAAGAUGCGAUAUUUGGAGUCUUGGAGUGCUCCUCUAUUUCUUGCUUUGCGGCGAGCUUCCUUUUUCAGGAAAUACCAACACAGAGAUAUUUGAUAAGAUAUUAAAUUAGAAAGUAGAAUUCUAGGGAAAUAAUUGGAAAAAAGUGUCUAAAGAGGCUAAAGAUUUGGUUAAAAAAUUAUUGGUAGUCAAUCCUGAUGAUAGAAUAACUCUAGAAUAGGUUUUAAAACAUCCUUGGAUUACUAAACUACCAUAAAAAAAGCCUUUAGGCUCUGAUGGAGAGGACUAGAGAGUUUUAAGCAUGCUAAGAAAUCACUAAAGCACAGCUAAAUUUAAAAAGGAGGCCUUAAAAGUUUUAGUAAAUUUCUUAGAAGAAGAGGAAAUCUAAGAACUUAAGCAAAUAUUUAGGAAAAUUGAUACAAAUAACACUGGUAUGAUAAAAAUUGAAGAGCUUUAAAGCGCAUUAAAGAAAGUAGGAUUAAAUGAUUCUGAAGAAGAAGUGAAACGUAUUAUGCAGACUGUUCAUAUAGAUGAAAAGAGUAAUUAAAUUAACUACAGUGCAUUUAUAGCUGCAACUUUAGAUGAGAAGAAAUUCUUCAACAAAGAAAGACUUUGGAAUGUUUUCAAGCAUUUUGAUGUUGAUGACACUAAUUACAUCACAAUAUCUAAUCUUAGAGAAGCUCUCGCUAGAGCUGGUAGAAAAGUUGAUAACUAAGAAUUAUAGGAAAUCAUGAAUGAAGUUGAUUUUAAUUUAAACUAAAGAAUAGAGUGGAACUAGUUUGUAACGAUUAUGACUUAGACUGGUAACACAAAAACCCGUUAACACAUAGACAGAUCUUUAUCAUAAAUAAGCAAUUUUAAGGAAAAUAAUUAAGAAUCAGCUAAAAAUCAAAACGAAGAACCAAAUUAAACUGGUAUUGCUACUUCUUAAGUUACUUAUAAUUAGAGAAAAUCAUCUUUUGAAGUUGAUGAAGCAGCUAAGCGUUUUAGUGAUGACCUUAUAAAUAAUUCACCUUAAUAAUAGAAAGAAAUGUACGUCAAUUAAAAUUAAUAUGAUAAAGAAGAUGAGAAAGGUCAUAAUAAAAUAAAUUAAAUAACUCAUAAAAAUGAGUAAUAAUCCAAGAUGCAAUCAUAGCUUAAUUGA